GCUGUUUUACGCAAGAGGUUUACAGAGAGUUAGUGAAAAUGUCGAAUUUUAUGCAGAAAGCCUUACUUCAGUCCCGCCUGCCGCUGGUCAGUUUCAAACGUUUUCGCGGAAAGAUCAACAUUCAGCGACCUCGGAAGCCGCAUUACGAACGAGCCCGUGUGCUCGAUUUAGUAAAGCCGGUUUACAAACAACCGGAUUUCAAUGCACCGUGUGUCGAUGCGGGACGUACACAAAUUGCCCAGAAGAUUGAAAACCCUUACGAAAAGAUUAUUGCCCGUGAAGUCCGGAACUGGUUGGAUCACAGUAAAAUGGUUGCAUUCAUUCACCUGAAUUCCAUCAAGCAGGAGGAUUUCUUCAAAGUCCAAGUUGCUUUGCACCGCCUUCAAAUGAACGUUAAAAUAUACGGAAAAUCGAUUAUCCAGCAGGCCGUCGAUGGAACGCAAUAUGAACCGAUUCAAUCACUGUUCGAUGUGAAAACGGCGAUGAUUUUCUGUCCCGAUGAAGCGAAAAUUCGACAGUUGUUGAAUGUGCUUAAGAAGGCACCGCAAUUCGUGCUACUGGCGGGUAUUAUUCAGGGUCAGUUUCUAAGUAAGAAUGAAUUCAUCGGUUAUGCUUCCUUACCGGAUCUGACGACGGCACGGGCUCAGCUGACUGGCGUGCUGUAUAGUGCCGGAGCGAAGAUUGUUAGCGACCUGGAGUGCCAUCAGAAUCAGCUGGUUAACGUACUAGAAUCGUAUGUGCGACACGAACAUGAAAAGAAUGAUAGUCCAAGCACCAAAACAACAGAGGGAACUGACGGUUAGAGCGAUGAGUUUGGCAGUUCCAAAUAGUUUAAUAAAGUUGUUUAACUGUAGAAAA